AAGAGCUAAAGUCAGAAACUUCGGGUUAAACCACUCUGUCGUCAAAACUUCACAAUGACCCUACUAACAAACUGGAUAUCAGUCCUAAUGGCAUUUCUUCUUCUUUUAAACUUUUGGAGAGCAAAGGUCUAUGCUUCUGGAAACUCAGAGGAGGAAAUAGAUUUCACAUAUGUUAUUAUAGGAGUUACUCUGGGAGCAUUUCUAGCAAUUGGUUUUGUAGCAGUAAUAAUCUGCAUGAUCAAAAAACAAAUGAUUGACAAUGACUUUGGAGAGUCCGAUGGCAAAAUGGAUAGAAGGUCAAAUAUGGGAUCAAGCCAAACGAGAGAUGACAUCAAUGUACUAGGAAAACAAAGUACAAAUUAUCAAUAAGCCUUUUGCAAUCGUUACCUGGUCUGAGGAUCAAUUGAAGUCCCUUGUGCGCAGGCAGGAAUCUCACCAACACCAAUUCCUUUCUUUGUUCUCUAAUUGAAAGACUGAUUGACUGAUUACAGGAAGAGCUUAUAGUGCCUGCUAACUUCGAUCACCUGCACACAGAAAGCCUGCAAUCCCCAACAGCAUGUGUAUGAAGGACAUGUAUGAGGAAAAUAAAACAGAUGAGCUCUGCUCAUUAAUAGAUCCUGUUUAGUCUGCAAUAAGUAUAUGAUUGAUUUCUAAAAUCAAUUAAGUACAGGCUAAUCAAAAAGGUAGCAAUACAUUUCAGCAGCAGAACUCAUGGUCAUGCCCAUAUUUCAAGUGAGGUAAAUAAUGACUGGAAUGACUUUAAAAAUCAUUAAUUGGAAUUUGAAAUAAAACCAGGCUUCUCAAAUUUCUCAGGAAAUAAAUGUUCUCUGUUAAUACAAAAACAUCUCAUUCACACUGAAGUUAUACCUUUUUUUUUAGCUUUAGGAUGGACAUCUUUAACUGUCGGUGGCAAUACUAAUUUCAGCCAUUUAAAAUGACUUAUAGUCAUUUAACAUGAAAAAUUCCUUUCUGAGAUAAUGUUUUUCAUGUGGUUUUUUUUAGAACAUUGAAAUGAAAACAUUUUUAUAUACUCAAAAAAAAGUUUCUGGACAUGUGAAAUGAAAUAUUUCAUACCAACAUUCUAUAAACAAGCUAUUCUGACAUUUCCAAAAUUCACCCAUCCCUAUUUUUUUAGUAUAAGACAAUGCAGUAGGUUUGAUCAGAAUUGGUGAAUAAUAACUCCCAACCCCUUCAUUCUUGUUAUAGCUUUAUAUUUUCUGUCGAAUUUGAUUUCAUCAAAAUUGCUUUGCCUGGCUCCAAUUACAAGCUUCUUACAGUGGGAGUGGCAACAGGAAAAAAUAGAGCUUUGUCUCAGAACAUUUAGGAUUGUUUAAGUAAUUCUAAAUGGUUUAAACCAAAAUUAUUUUGUAAACACAUUCGAGCUUUACCAGAGCUGUGAGCCUGUGGCUUUGGUCUCAACUGAGAAAAUAAUGCUACAGAUUCUGUUCUGUUUGUUUAAAUCCACUUCUUUCUUUCAAAAAGGCAAGUGUUAUACUGAAUUCCAACCUAGAAAUUUUGUGAGUUAUCAAGAAAUAUCACUCAAAAAAUCAUGGAAGCCAGGGCCUCCCAUUCAACGAUCAACUUUCAGAUCUUGAAGAGCUGCAAUUAACCCCCCACGUUAAAGGCGGAACUGAUGUGCUGAGUCAGGGACUUCGAGUCAACACACUGUCAGGGCAGCAGGGCAGAUAUAUCAGAAUUUGAUUUCUGUGAAGAAUAAGCUACUGUACUAUUUGUAACUGUAACUGAAAAGAUUUGAAUAUGGUUUUGUUCUGACCUUAGCAAAACAGGUCAUUUUCCAAAUACGCAAAGGAAACUGGAUGGUAAUUUUUGCUGCACAUUUUGAACAACAAAAUGCAAGGUUUAUUUUCAGAGAAAAUUGAUAUAUUGGAAUAAUUUCCCUGGAUUCCUAGGUGUCUGUUACCCGGUUCUGUAACACUGCAGUUCAUUAGCAGCAUUUGCUAACAGAUAAACUAAAGCAGUAAUGUGAUACUUGUAAGUAAUUG